ACAGCCGCUGCUUAGCAACGCUCUGCGCUCAGCGUUAUAUUUACUGUCCGGACAGUAACACGGGCUUGGCUUUAGGAAGCCGUUAGUUAGUGAGUUAACUAGUUAUUUAACCUGUUUAUCUCGGUAAAACCAGGAUGAUUAACACCGCGCUCAGCUCGUUUGGUGCUCAGGUCGUGUUGGCUACGUCCAGUGAUGAGAAUCACCCACCAGAAAACAUACUAGACGGGAAAACGGAGACGUUCUGGCUGUCCACGGGCAUGUUUCCCCAAGAGUUCAUCAUUCGCUUCCCAGAUAAUAUGAAAGUAUCACUUAUCUCCGUUCACAGUUUUAAUGUUAAACAUCUAAGGAUAGAGAAAAACACUCUAGAAGAGGCAGAUAAGUUUCAAGUCAUGGCAGAGAAAGAGUUUGAACAAACAGAGAACAGUCUACAAACCAAUGAUAUUUCUGUUGAUGGCUCACAUGCAACACACUUGCGGUUCCUCAUCAUCUCUGGAUAUGAUCAUUUCGUCUCGGUGCACAAAGUCAGUGUAGAAGCAUAAAAAUACCCUUUUCUAAGAUACCAGAAUUUACAUUUUUCUACAUUUGUAUAACAGCUGUUUUUGAAUUGUACAGGAGUGUCUUAAAAAUUACAUGUCUUAAAAACAGUAAUUAUGUUUUAUACUGAAUAAAAAUGUUUUAAAUAAA